AUGUCGAAAAGUCCAGAUAAUGUGGCCGAAUUGAUUAAGAUCAUGAAAGAAGAAAACAAAUGCAUGAGAGAAGAAGCUAUAGCAAGAGAAACAAGGUUAUUUCUUGCAAGUGCAACUGUUAAAACCUAUUCAGGUAGUAAGGUCUCUACAAAAAUUCAAUAUUUCCUUGAUGAAAUAUUUUGGAUUUCAAAUGGAUUCACUGACGAACAAAUGAUAAUUGUAGCAGGAAGAAAUAUGUCAGGCAUUGCAGAGAAGUGGUAUUUAGCUUAUCAAGAAGAAAAUUUACAUCAAAGUGAUACUUUCGAAGAAUUUGGUGAAAGAUUAAAAAAUCAAUUUGGACAAGCAUAUGAUGUACAGGUUCUGCAAGCUAAAUUAACUGCAUGUGUACAGCUGGGAAGAGUAGAAGAUUACAAUAAACGCUUCUAUGACAUUUUGAAUGAAUUUCCGAAAGACUACUUUAGUGAACAAGCAAAAGUAGCUAAUUAUCUUUGUAAUCUUACAACAAAACUAAGAUGCGAAGUCAAAAUUAAAGAUCCAGUUAAUUUAUGUGAUGCUAUGAAAUAUGCUGGAAUAAUUGAAGGUAAAUAUACUGGAAAAGCAAAUUGGGAAAAGAAAUUUAUAAAAAGGCCAAUAAGGGGAUUUAGACCUAAAAAUAAUGAUAUGGAAAUUGAUAAUGUCUCAAUGAAGAAACCUAAAGCAAAAGAUAAAAAAUGCUACGGAUGUGAUAAAGAAGGUCAUUUUGCAGCCAAUUGUCCUAACAAGUCAAAAAAUUGA